GAACCUUAAAUGGCGGCUGAGAUUAUUUUAAAAUACACUUCUCACAAAACCCUAACGUCUUCAUCUCCAUUUUGCUAUGCUUUAACUUAUGUGUCAUCAAGAAUCGUCCCAACGAUCUCAAAAUGGAGCGUCUCACUGCUCAUGCUAUUGUUCACUAUGCUCAUGCCAAGAUGCUCCACCAUUCUUUACGUAUGUUUAGUGAGAUCGAGAAGUUGGAGAUCCCUCGUACGGUAAAGUCAUUGAACGCUCUUCUCUUCGCUUGCUUGGUAGCUAAGGAUUACAAUAAAACGAAACGAGUUUGCAUAGAGACCAGUGAACCUUCUUUCUAAACAUGAGGUCGAAAGCCCAAGAAGAAAGAAUAGAGGGAAGCGUUUAAUUACGUUCGCUAUAUGCAUUGCGUGAAAGAAAAAUAAGGAAGCUUUUAUUGCACGCAUCUAAUUUCAGUGUGUAAAUCAAUUUGAUUACUAGGAGACAGGACCAACUGAAAGAAAGUGGUCCAAUCAAUAAUUAACUAAACUUAAUGAAUCCAGCGAUCAUCACAAUGAGUCACAUGUGCUCUUGGUUUUCAGUUGUUUCUAGUGUAGUCUUUUUUUUGUUCAAAUUUCUAGUGUAGUCAUCGUACUGAACAAUAAUGAUAAUCUUUUUUACUAACCACCCAUUAAACUCCACAACAUGACUAUUUAGUGAUUGGUUGUCUCAUUUGAAAAAAAUAUGUAUCUAAACAAGAACCCAUGAAUAAAUAAACCUUAUCUUUCACACCUCAGUUCACACCCAUAUAACACAAGCCUUAAAGAUGCAGAAAAUAAGUUUUAAUAGGAAAUAAAUACAAAUGGACUCAACUGCGGAGACAAAGAUAAAUUAGGUGCAAAUCACCGACGAAGAAACUAGCCUCUUUGCCAUGCAGCUAGCCAGCUCCUCCGUUCUUCCGAUGGCUUUACAAUCAGCUUUAGAGCUCGACCUUCUCGAGAUCAUGGCCAAGAACGCCUUUCAGAUGUCAACAGUUGAGAUCGCUGCCCAUCUUCCGACCACAAACCCGGAAGCACCUGUCAUGCUCGACCGUAUCCUGAGGCUUCUGUCCGCUUACUCUAUCCUAACCUGCUCCGUCCGCAAGCUUCCCGGAGGCAACUGCGUCGAUUGCUCCUUUUUCUCUCAUGAACCAAGACAAAGUCUUCACGGAAAGCUGGUGCAUUCAUAGGUCAAGGUGAGAGAGCCAGAACCAGAAAUGUGGAGUUGUGGGACGAAGUUGAAGCAAGAUUAUUGUCUCAAUAAAUGAAAUAUAUAUAAUUGUCUUUGACCAUUCAGGUGAAGAUCGUUACGUUGCAGCAAUCAUAUAAGCUUAGAUACUCUGUUUUAGCUUUGUCGUAAUGGUCAACACUCAAACCGUAUAUGCCAUAAGUGUUUCUGUCUAUUUAUGUUUAUACUAUAUAUAUAGUAUGCUGACCAUAUGAAUAAAAGAAGUGUAUUCUUACAUGCUUACCACAAUGUAUGUUGGUGACAAUCGCACAUCUAUUUGUGAGUUGAGUAACG